AUGGACGGAGCCAACACUAAACCAUACCACAUUCCCGACGACGCCGUCUGGUUCAUAACGGGCUGCUCCUCCGGCAUUGGCCACGCCCUGGUCAACCACCUGGCAACCCACCAUCCAACGCACCGCAUCGUCGCAACAGCCCGUAACCCAGCUACCCUGUCCUUCCCCGCGGCUGAAAACAACAACAUCCUCGCCCUCCCUCUGGAUGUGACCUCGCCCGCCUCAAUCAACGCCGCCCUACACGCAACCCUAACGCACUUCCACCGGAUCGACAUCCUAGUCAACAACGCAGGCUACACGCUAGUGGGCGACACUGAAACUGCCGCGGACGCCGAGUCGCGCGCCCUCUUCGACACCAACUUCUGGGGUCUGGUGGACGUCACCAAGCGCGUGCUGGGUAUCAUGCGCGAUGAGAACCCACAGCACGGCUGUCGGCAGCAAGGCGGGGUGAUCCUGAACCUUAGCUCGAUGGGCGGGUUCAUCGGGUUCCCGGGGAGUGCGUUCUACCAUGCGAGUAAGUUUGCGGUGGAGGGGUGGACGGAGGCGCUGGCGAGGGAGUUGCCUGUGCAGUGGAAUAUCCACCUCUGCAACAUCGAGCCCGGCGGCGUGAAGACCAACUACGCGACUACCAGCCUCAAGACCAUGGUCAAUGGGAGACACCCUGCGUAUGCGGACCCCAGUUAUCCCACGAAUACGUUGGUCGAGUACAUGAGCCACGAGGAGAAUCGGCGGUCGUGGGCGGAGCCUGAGGCCAUUGCGCGCGGCAUGGUCGCGGUUGUGAGUCGCGGUGCGAGGAUCCCGAUUCGUGUGCCGUUGGGGGCUGAUGCGUUUGGCAUGAUCUCGUUGGAGUUGGAGAGUAUUCGGAGGGAUUUGGGGGAGGUGAAGGGGAUUAGUUUGGGGGUUGGUGGCGCGGAGCAGUUGGAUUCGGUUGGGUUUUUGCAGAGGGAGUGA